AUGAUUCUCGUAAGCUUUGAACAGUUCUGCAUUAACUACGCUAACGAACAGCUUCAUCGUCAUUUCAUCGGGAUAACUAUUUUGGCUGCCGAAGAGGAUUUACGUGAAGAAGGAUUAUCAACUUACUUGUUUAAUCCUAGGUCUGACACUGUUCACCGUCCUUUAUCAUCAACCGAAUCUGUAGACUGGUGGGAUAACAGUCAUGUACUGUCAGCAAUUCUUAGUUCGGCAAGACUUUUGGAUGAGGCCUGUUGUCUAAACCGUGUUCAUCCUUCCGGUUGUCUUCCGCCGUUUCCUAAUUGCUCUGUCUGGCCGUGUGACUCACGAUCGCCCCAGCGAUGCUCCUCCAACUCGCCUUCUUUACCAUUUGCUGCCCUUGAUCCUCGAGAGGCCAGUUGGCUUGAACAACUUUCACAGUUGUCGCAGUCCAAUCGACUUCAAACACCAGGCCCCCAGGCUGUGAUUUCUCUCAUUCGUAAAUGUGCCUUUAUCUCGUCGAAAUAA